UUUUACUGAUUACAUGAGAAAAAUUUAUUUACAAGACAAAAUUAUCUCCAAACCGCGUGACUUGUUAUCAUAGUGUAUACAUAUACUAUGUACCUAUAUAAAUAUAAAUAUGUCUAUAUAAAUAUAUAUAUAUUUUAAUUGCUUUUAUAUUGUAAUGAAAGAAUGCUGCAACGCUUUGGCAGUGCAAAUGGCACAAGUAAAUAUAUUAUUGCCAGUCAUAAUAAACUUUUAAGCCUACCUUCCACGAAAUGAAAAAAAUUUCUGAUUGAAACAAAAAAGUAAAAAAAGUCAUUACACUUUUUUUUUAUCAGUUUGAACAUGUAAACAAUAAAUGCAAUGAGUUUUGAGGUAUUAAAAGGUAUCAUUCUGAGCUAAACAAAUACAAAAAUAUAUUAUAUGUGGCAGAUAAGAAUAUAGAAGUAUAUACAUAUGCAUAUAUAUAUAUGUCUGUGAAAAUUCAUUUUGGAUUUGUGUUCUUCUAGUUUAGCUCAAAGAAGAUCUUACAACUAUUGAUAAUAGUGAAAAACACUAACAGAGAAUUAAAGAGAAUUAGUCUGUUACACUUGAAUAACGAGACCCACACAUACACACGUUCUAUGCAUGCAUGCGUAUUUAUUGCUGUAACCUACCGAUAAUGCCGACAUCUCGUCUGAGAAGCUACAGCAUCAAUUCAUUAUGAUGAGCAAUUACCGUCUGCCACUGGAGCAAGAGCUAAGAGUCAGUCAGUGAUUAAACGCGUUCGUGGGCGGUUGGAAAACAUUUAUUGUAGUUGGUUUGAAUGAAAUAACGAAAAACGAAAAAAACCUAAGCAAUAACUUUGACUUUUGAAGGGCAAAAACUUUAAAAAGAAAGAAUUACCUUAAAGAAAUUAAAACGCUUUUAACUGAAUUAUUAAUAUUAACAAAACUAAUUGAAAAAUAUGUUAUAACUUGAAGUGGAAAAUAUAUCAGUGGAAUAUAAACAUAGUUAUAUGGCCCUUAUGUACAUAUUUAUAUACAUACGCAUUUAUGCAUGAGUAUCUUGUGUCCACAAAGUAAUGCAUUUAACAGGAAAACUAUGAAAAUCUGCGUGCAAAGAAACAUACAUACAUAUGUACAUAUAAUAUAUAUGAAAAGUUUUGAUUGAUUUAAAAUAUUACAUACUCGUAUGUACAUACAUAUGUGUAUAACAUAGUUUGUGCAAAACAAAAUCAUUGCUGUAUUUGAUUAAACAUCACCGCAACCACAAUCGCCCACCACAACAACCAGUUUUGGUGAACAACAACAACAACAACCAUCACUACAUUUAAAGGCCAAGCAAUCAGUAAGGCUCUCAAAUUCCAUCGUAAUCAGCAUUGUAUGUAUGUACAUAUGGUUUAUGUAAAAAUGUAUAUUUGUACAUGAGCCGUACUUACAUUCACAAUUCAAAUAAAACAAAUUUACCUGUGUAGAAACCCAUUUACAGUACAAACAGGCGAAGGUGAAAGGCUGAAAAAAAAUAUGUUUCGCGCUUCGCAGAUCGCCAGCGAAGAGACGCUUCCUGCACUUUUUGAUGCAACAACAACGGCAGACAUAAGGGAAAGUGGAGAUGACACUACGCCAUGCACUACCGGUACACAUCUUAGAAAAUAUGAGCGAAGAUUAUCACUAAAAUAUGGGUUAACAACAACAUUACCGCCGAUUAAGUAUAAGUACCCCCUCGCCGUUCUCUUUGUGCUAUUAACGAAGUUCUUCGAAGCAUUCGCCGCUAAUGGUAUUAGAACUAUCCUUGUGCUAUAUUUACGAGAUGACCUGUACUUCAGCGAGAACUUCGCAAUGAUUAUGCUGCACAUAUUCAAUUUCUUUGGUCAAUUUUGUCCAAUUUUUGGUGCCAUUUUAGCAGAUAGUUACCUCGGUAAUGUGCGGACCAUUUCAUAUUUCUGCAUAUUAUACGCCACCGGCUGGAUAUUGCUGAUAAUGACGGUAUUGCCCACCACAGGAAUAUCAUUAAUCCUCUUAGUAUCCGUCUCACUAUUAUUUAUCGCCAUAGGCAAUGGAUCCGUGCGAGCUUGUAUAACUUCCCUGGGAGCGCAACAGUUCAAAUUGCCAGAACAAGCAACUCGUUUGGCUGAAUAUUUUUCACUAUAUUAUUUUGUAUACUAUUUAGGUAUACUCCUGAGUAAAAUUCUGCCACCAUAUGUGCGCGCUAAAACACAAUGUUUGGGAAAAAGUGAUUGUUACCCGGCGGUAUUUGGCACGUUGGGAUUGUCAUUCGCAUUUUCGUGGUUGAUUUUUGCGAUUGGUAAAUUUUUUUACAAACCUGAAAAACUAUCAGAGGAGAACAUACUAAUUAAAUUGUAUGGUUGCAUAAAACACGCUUUGGUUGUGAAAUGGAAUAGCACGAACACGGGAGAACAACGAAGAUCUGUAUAUUGGCUGCACUAUGCAGUCGGUAAAUAUGAUGAGGCUUUCGUCAAUGAUGUUAGCAAAGUAUUAAAGAUUUGCAAACUCUUCCUACCACUGCCAGUAUAUUUUGCAUUAUUAGCACAACAAGAUUCUAGUUGGACAUUUCAGGCAUCAAUGAUGAACAUGACCGUGGCCAAUGGAAUAACUAUACAACCAGAUCAGGCAAAGGCCAUGGGACCGAUUUUACUCUUCAUUCUCAUACCUUUAUGGCAAUACAUUUGCAUGCCGCUUAUACGUCGUUUAUUUGGCAGCGAGGUCAAGCCAUUACAUAGCGUUACCGCUGGUGGAGUAUGCUCGGCAUUGGCGUUUGUUUGUGCUGGUUUACUGCAAGAAUAUAUCAAUAGUCAACCUUAUCGCUCUGUGAAUAUAGUUUGGCAAGUGCCACAGUUUCUGUUGCUAAUGAUGGGCGAGUUAUUAUUAUCCAUACCAGGCUUGAAGUUUGCAUUUACACAGGCGCCUACUUCAAUGAAAUCAGUUGUCACAGCAACGUGGUUCAUUAACAAUGCAUUUGGUAAUCUCAUUGUGGUUUUACUAACGAAAGUGAAUAUAUUCAUUUCACAGACCAACGAGUAUUUUUUCUAUGCGGUCUUAAUGCUUAUUUCCAUAAUAGUAUUUGCCAUGUUAGCCUACGACUACGUUUUACAACAGACUGAAGAUAUUAUAUCUAACAAUAAUUUAUUAUUACAACCGCUUGAUGUAGCACAAAAUGAUGAUGAGCCAAAUACCAGCACUGCAAGUGCCAGCAGUAGAAGAACCAGUGUAUAGCAGUAAAAAAA